AUGGCUUUACCCCGGGCAUCUUCUCCCCUCACCACCUCACCCCUGAGUGCCACCCCGACCACCAGCCAAGCCCCUCCCCCUGGAGAUGAUAAUGAGCCUGUCAGUGUCACCAUCACCGUCAAGACCGCGUAUGUGCUACUCUGGAAACCAUCUCGAGCUCAAGGCUCAUCUACACGUGUUUGCUUGCCAAACGGGAAGUGGAGUGGCUCCACUCCCAUCUGUAGCCACGACACAGGGGAUAAUUGUGCUGAUCCUGGUAUCCCACCUGGCGCCUCAAGAACAGGGAAUACAUUUGGAAUUGAUGACACAGUGCGGUACAGCUGCAACGGCAACCAGUUUUUGGUGGGGUCAAGAGAAAGAGUGUGUCAGGGGAACGGCCAGUGGACUGGCAGAGAACCAGCAUGCUACUACAAACACACCUAUGACACUUCACUGGAGGUUUCACAGGAAUUUGGCAGCACAAUCAAAAACACCCUCACCACCUUACAGCCAGUUAAUGACACACAGGAAGGAAGAACAAUCCGGAUUCAAAGAAAUGGGACACUUAACAUGUAUAUCGCAGUGGAUAUUUCUCAGAGCAUCGAAGAGAAAGACAUCCGAGAUGCAAAAGAUGCUGUGAAAAAACUUAUUUCAAAGAUUGCGUCUUUUUCUGUGAAUCCAAAUUAUGAAAUCAUCUUUUUCUCCUCUGUCGUGAUUGAAGUUGUCAACAUUCUUGAUUUUUUUGAAAGAAAACAAGAAGAUAUCCUUGAGAAAUUGGACAGAUUUGAUAAAGGCGAUGCUUCUGGAACAAAUCUGAACACCGUCUUUGAGACCUUCUUGGAGCAAAUGGGCCUUAUAAAGCGGCGGGUUGGUGAAGAUGCUUUUAAGGAACAUCGUCAUGCCGUUAUCGUUUUUACAGACGGUGCUUAUAAUAUGGGCGGUUCACCUUUAGGUACAGUGAAACAAAUAAAGAACAUGGUAUACAUGAACCACACAGUUGAAGGGGAGAAGCACCCAAGAGAAGAUUAUCUUGACAUUUAUGUUUUUGCCAUUGGAGCUGAGAUCUUUGAUGAUGACCUGCAGCCCCUCACAGCUGGGACCGGUGGCAAACAUUAUUUCAGAUUGAAAGACAUUGAAAAUCUACAAGAGACCUUUGAUGAGAUAAUUGAUGAAAAUGAAGUUAAAGGUCUAUGUGGUCUUCAUGUGGAGUAUGAUACAGCUGAGGCCAACGCCAGGAAAAUGUAUCCAUGGACCCGGCAUUUGUUGUUUCCAGAGCAGCUACUGUUAAAAGAACAUAUUGAAAGACUCACUUUCCUGACCAGAACAGAAAACAUAGUAGAUGAAAAAGAUGUCCAUGCUAAGCUUGGCACUAAUAGAGCUGGAUGCAUCAGACAUGCACUACAGGCACCAGGCAUUGACACUGAUGUUGUAACGGACGUUGUGACUGAUAACUUCCUGUGCACUGGUGGUCGGACUCCUUUCAGAGAUCACAUAGCGUGUACAGGUGACUCUGGAGGUGCUGUGUUCAAGAACUACGAGCAUCGCACAAUACAGAUUGCAUUGGUCAGCUGGGGAACAAAGACUCUGUGCAGGGCGGGUGGUGUCGUCGAGUCAGAUGACACCUCCAGAGAUUUCCAUAUUAAUCUAUUCAGAGUUGUUCCUUUUCUUAAAUCUAUCCUUGCAAAUGACGACCAGGAUGAUUAUGCACCACUUACAUUUUUGGAGAGCUAAAUGCAUUUGCAUAGUGUAAUUUGUUUUCCAGUUAAGAACAUACAAUAGCAAAUUGCACAAUUAUAAUAUUAAUAGUUAUCAGUUAUGCUGUUCUGUACUUCAUCAGUCAUCCAGUAUUUUCAGUGAUCAACCAGUAUGUAAAGUUUGUAAUAAAUCAAAAUGAACCUGUGUCUUGGUGUUUUUGAAGAAAAGCUCAUCUAAAUGGUUAACACCCUCGAUCAUGGUAGUAUGGCAGUAUACAGUGAGACGAUAUACACUUGUCUACUGUUAGAGAUUUCACUAUAAUGUUUAUACCGUGCUAUAAAUGUUGCAAUAUUGAGUAUAUGAUUUUUGUACAGUGAUAAUUUACCUUCAUUUGUAAAGGUAAUAAAUUCA